GAAACAUUUCUCAGUUAGUUCCAGCAGCUGCACCGCUUCACAUACAGUCCGUCGUCACCUUCGUCGAGUCGUCAAAAGUCGAGCUCCAUUAUCGCCAGCAAGAUGAAAAUGUUAUUUGCUCUUCUCGUCCUGGGAGUGGCUCUGGUUGCCGCCGAGGAGAAAUACACCACAAAGUACGACAACAUCGAUGUGGAUGAGAUCCUCAAGUCCGACCGUCUGUUUUCCAACUACUACAAGUGUCUUAUCGACACGGGCAAGUGCACCCCGGAGGCCCGUGAGCUGAAGAGGUCCCUGCCGGACGCCCUGAAGACCGAGUGCAGCAAGUGCAGCGAGAAGCAGCGCGAGAACACUGACAAGAUCAUUCGCUUCAUCAUCGACAACAAGCCUGAAGAGUGGAAGACACUGCAGGCCAAGUUCGAUCCCGAGGAAAUUUACGUCAAGCGCUACCGUGCCCAGGCGGCUGAGCGUGGAAUCAAGGUUUAAUUCCUCAUCUCAAUUCCAAACUGUUAUUAUUCAUCGUUAAUUAGGUUUAUCUGUUUACCAAAAUUUUAAUCUACGAUCGUGCUCCGAAUAAAGAGAUUUGUUUUGUACAAAAUAA